UCUUGAUUGGUCCUUCAGUACUUCCGCGUUGUCCAUUUCCUUUCGCUCCUCCUCGCUCAGCCGCGAGCAGUUGUCGAGUCUCUCUCACACUCGCAUGUUUGUCUAAGUGGACGCAGGCGAGAUGAGCUAACGCGACCUUUCCACAUUAUCCAACAAAAAAAAGCAAGUGUACUGUCGCAUUUUUUAAGAACUCGCUUCGGAGUAAAAACCAAACAAGAGCCAGAAAGCACUUCGGCGCCGGUAUUGGAGGAAAGUUGUAAGUUCUACGUUGUCCGGGAGAAAGUUGGGACCUGCGACUCCCCGAGUGUCGCCUGAGAAAUGGCCAGAGUACGACACAUUAGAUCGGAAUUCGUCCUGUAACAGUCCCAUCUGUGACUACCUUUGUUGAGUUCCUCGUCAGACAAAUGGUGCUCGCUGAAACCAGUUUAUCCGGCUCGGCUGGGAGUUUGGAGGUAGUUUAGUAGCUCGGCGGCGGACGAGUUAAGCUGUGCUCUGGAAAAAGGAUAAGAAGACGUUUCCUCAUCAUGGCUGGUGUGGGGAAUGUCCACAUGAAAACCCUGGAGGACUUGACUUUAGACUCGGGCUAUGGAGCCGGAGACUCGUGCAAAUCCCUCAGCCUGUCCUCUUCCAAGUCGAACUCCCAAGCCUUCAUGACGACCCCUCACCGGGGCAACUGGUGGUACUACUCUGGUUCCAUGAAUAGCAGAAACAACAGCUGGGAUACGGUCAACACUGUCCUCCCUGAGGACCCGGAGGACAUCUUCUCCAAAUGCCCCCGCUUGCCCGAACUGGAAGAGUUCCCCUGGACCGAGGACGAGGUGGGCCGGAUAGUGGCUAAAGUGGCUGAAAGUGGCACGACGAAAGGGGGACACGCACUUGUUUUCACAUCGGAGGCCGUGCGGCGGCUGUCCGCUCUGCUCCGCAAGGCUCUCAUCCGGAUCUCGAGGGAGGCCCAGCGACUGAGCGUCAUGCACUGCCGCUGCACGCGCUUCGAGGUGCAGAGCGCCAUGAGGCUGGUGCUCAGUUGGGCCCUGGCCGACUACUGCGUCUCCGCCACGGUCAAAGCCAUUUCCAUGUCCAGCAUGAGCGCCGGGGAGAUGUUGAGGAAGGGCAAGUCGGCCCGCUGUGACCUGACCUUCUCUGUGGGACGUUUCUUCCGCUGGAUGGUGGACACGCGCAUAUCUGUGCGCAUCCAUGAGUAUGCCGCUAUAUGCCUGACCGCCUGCAUGGAAGCUCUGGUGGAGGAGAUCACAGCCCGGGUGUUGAUGUCCGAACGGGGUCACCCAGGGCCAGAUUCGGGUGCAUCGUGUCCCCCGGUGAGCGCCGAUGCCCUGGAAGGGGUGGUGAAUAAUGACGCAGAGCUGUGGGGGGUCCUGCAGCACUACGAGCACAUCAUCUGUGGGAAGAACGCAAACGGUGUUUUGUCACUGCCAGCCCACUUCAGUCCCUACACAGAGAAUCAUCAUCAGACAUCUGUUGACUGCAGGGAGGAUGCCUAUGCCCAGCUGGAGCUCAGGACGCUGGAACAGUCACUGCUAGCUACCUGUGUGGGCAGCAUCUCUGAACUCAGUGACCUAGUGUCUCGCGCAAUGCACCACAUGCAGCGCCUGAGCUCAGUGCGUCCGGGGCUCAGUCCAGCUCGCCAUUCACGCCCGCAGCAGUCUGUAUCUUGGUCGCCUGACGCCCUCCACACCCUCUACUACUUCCUACGCUGCCCGCAAAUGGAGUCCAUGGAGAAUCCAAAUCUAGAUCCCCCACGUAUGGCACUCAGCAAAGAAAGACCUUUCCUAUUGCUGCCCCCUCUGAUGGAGUGGAUCAGAGUUGCCAUAGUUCAUGCUGAACAUCGUAAGAGUCUGCUGGUGGACACUGAUGAUGUCAGACAGACUGCCAGGCUGCUCCUUCCUGGACUUGACUGUGAACCCAGACAGCUUAAGCCCGAGUGCUGCUUCAGCUCCUUCAAGCGUUUGGACUCAAAGGCGGCCACAGACAAGUUCCACCUUGACUUGGGCUUCCGGAUGCUCAACUGUGGCCGCACCGAUCUCAUCGGGCAAGCCAUCCACCUGCUGGGGCCCGAUGGCGUCAAUAGCAUGGAUGACCAGGGGAUGACCCCCCUGAUGUAUGCCUGCGCCGCCGGAGAUGAGGCCCUCGUUCAGAUGCUGAUUGAUGCUGGCGCCAACCUUGAUAUAGCGGUUCCUCCAUGCUCCCCGAAGCACCCGUCUGUGCAUCCUGACAGUCGACACUGGGCAGCGCUCACCUUUGCAGUGCUCCACGGUCACAUCUCAGUCGUGCAGUUACUGCUGGAUGCUGGGGCCAGCGUGGAGGGAGCAGCAGUUCGUAAUGGACAGGAGAACAUGGCGGACACUCCAUUGCAGUUGGCUUCAGCAGCAGGCAAUUAUGAGAUGGUGACCUUGCUGUUGGCGAGAGGUGCUGACCCAUUAUCGAAGGCCCACGACGGAAACGCGCUGACAUCGUCCCUCUAUGAAGACAUGAACUGCUUCAGUCACGCCGCAGCACAUGGCCACAGGAACGUGCUGAGAAAGCUCCUGACUCAGCCUCAGAAGGUCCAAGAGGACGUCCUGUCUCUGGAGGAGAUACUCGCUGAGGGGGUGGAGGGGGAGGAUGCGGUGAUCUGCCCUUUCCUCCCUCUUUCCGCCUCCUCCUCUGGCCAGGGGGCUCUACCGGAGGGUGGUGUAGCCAGACUGUGCAAGGCCAGGAUGAAGGCCUUGCAGGAGGCCAGCUACUACAGUGCUGAACACGGAUACCUGGACGUCACCAUGGAGCUGCGAGCGCUGGGCAUUCAGUGGAAACUGCAUGUGUGGCUCGAGUCCCUUCGCUGCGCCCAGCUGCAGUCCAGGGUGGGCGUGACGUUGUCCCUCCUCAGGGAGUUCACCUCCAUUCGAGAAGAAGAUUACUGUGAGGAGCUCCUGACCAUGGGCCUUCCUCUCAUGUUCAACAUCCUGCGUACCACCAAAAGUGAUGGCAUCAUACAACAGUUGUGUCAUAUUUUUAGUCACUGUUUUGGCCCUGCCCCUCUUCCUGCUAUCCCAGAGAUGAAGGCAACUCUCUCAGCACAGUUGGAUCCUCACUUCUUGAAUAACCAGGAGAUGUCCGAUGUGACUUUCUUGGUGGAAGGCAAACCCUUCUACGGCCACAGAGUCCUGCUCAUCACCGCCUCGGACAGAUUCAAAACUUUGCUGGCAUCCUCCAGUUCGGAUACAACUGCCAAAAAGGAGAUUGAGAUCACUGACGUCAAGUAUAACGUUUUCCAGAUGAUGAUGUCAUACCUGUACUGUGGAGGAACAGAGUCACUUAAAACCAGAGUGCCAGAUUUGUUAGAGCUGCUGUCGACCGCUUGUGUGUUCCAACUGGGAGCGUUGCAAAGACAUUGCGAGCUCAUUUGCUCUCAGUACAUCAACCUAGAUAAUGCCGUGAGCAUCUACAAGACCGCCAAGGCUCACGGGUCAGUGGAGCUGAGCUCUUUCUGUGAAGGAUACUUCCUGCAACACAUGCCCGCACUGAUGGAGAGGGAGCGCUUCAGGUGUCUGCUGCUGGGAUGUCGACAAGGCAGCAGCUCCACCUCCACGCUGACCCUCAAACAGGGAGAAUCACCCCUGGAGGAGCUGGAGGUCACACUGGCCCGUCGGCUACGCUCGCUCUACGUCACCUCCAGAGUGUGAGGACACGGACGGACAGAGUACACACUGUAUCCUCACGGUGAUAUGAGCGUCAUGUAGAACGGCCACAGUGACUGAUGUUGUAAGCUGAGGACAACAGCUGGACUUUUUUGUCAUGUAAAGAAUGUUUGUAAAGUCAGGGCUCAGGAAGCUUCUUGUGGAAAAGAAAAAAAUGGCUGAAACACAACUGAAACUGUGAGACACUGCUGCCCUCUCGUGGGCAAAACUGUAAAUAACUGCCUUGCAGCCCAGGAGCUCGGGCGCCCAUGCUGGACUUGUGGCCUUGUCCCAUUUCAACUAACAAAUGAUCCAGAACAGGAGGAGGUCAGCGACAUGCCUUUUGCGACUUUUCCUCCAAAUUGAUCACACAAUCCACACGUUUUUUUUAUUUAAUGAGAAAAAAAACCGAUUUGAGUAUUUAACAGGGUCUUUCCCUCUUUUUUUUUUUUAAAUCCAAAUUGUGUUUUUAUAUUUUCACUGUUCUAGGUACAUUCUUAGCCAACACUUAAGCUUAGCAAUAGUGAGGGUGAGCACGUAGCAUGUAGCAACAGAGUCAUAAUAUG